AGAAUACAUGAGCAACUGCAUGAUGAUAGGCAAGUUACCUUCAGUGGCCGGGUUGCUUUGACACCGUUACCGAGUCCAGCAAUAGGGGCGAAAGCGAUUCCAUCCCAUACGAGUCCUUGGUCUUUUGCACGAGCAAAGAAGGAACUAUGUUUGUCCAUGGACACUUUCAGAGAGGACAAUGAACAUAGAGUUGUGAGAUUGAAUCACUGAAACAUUGUUCCAAUUUUUAUGAGUACAUGUGUCUCCAUCAUGUUAUGAUCAACUAUUUAUAUCUCAUCUUUGGCCAUUUCUCUAGAAUAUUGGUUUGUUUUCCGACGUCAGUCUCGCUGUAUACAUAUUUUAUAAUGGCGAAGAGACAAGGCUUCCCGAAGCCUGAAGUAAUGGAGGGUGCGCUUGGAUACAGUUCAGCCUCGUUUAGCAAGCCGAGCUUUGCCAACGAGAGGUUUUAUUCUGAUCUUAUGCAAUUUGAUGAUGGAUCUGAUAGAAUCAAUCGAGAGUACGAAGAGCACUUGUACAUUUCUCAUCACGCAACGCCAUCCAUAGUUUCUACAGAAUGCAAUGGAGUGAAGGAACCCCAAACAGAACUUACUAUGGCUGGUUCGCAUGCCAUAGAGGUAGCCCCUUUCGACUCCUUGGGAUACUACCGGUACGAAGUAAAUAUUCUUUUCACAUUUGGCAUGAACAUUAGACUACUUUGCUCUCAAAGCGAGGUAGACGAGAUGCGCAGAGUUGCUCAGAUGACGCGUCCGGGGUCUGACAAUCCGCCACCGACACUCUGUAAACUCCCCACUGAGAUUAGAGACAUUAUAUACGGUUUCGUUUGUGAUGACCCCGAGUCUCGAACGGUAACCAACUGUACGGAUGACAUUAAGGGGACGUUCACCAGAGGCAUCGCUGAUCCUAGUGGAUUCUUCUUUCCAAUGUGGAGUGACAUGGCCCUAUUGAGAGUCAACAAGUCUCUACGUCGCGAAGUAUUACCUCAUGUGUAUCGCAAAACAACGUUUCACGUCGAGGAUAUGGACGACCUAGUGAUGUUUUUGACGGCUAUUGGCGACAUUGGCCGGGAUAACGUCGAGUCCUUAUCUUUCCCGUUGGAAUCCCGCAUCUCGUUGGCUGCUUUGUGGAAGGACCAGCCUGAAUCCGCCGAAGUACACCAUUUACGGCUUCCAUUCAUACAUACGUCUAAUUGUAUAAUGUUGCUGAAAGCAUGCAAGCGGUUGAAGCACUUGGUCCUCCGGAUGGAAGCGGAGAUCCUCGACAACAGAGACAUUGCAGACUUCCUUUCCGAUCCGUGCAUACAGGGCCUGAGCGAGCUCAGGGUUAAAGAUGUUUGCAUCGAAUCCCUAGAUGGCGAGAUCCUCGACUCUUCGGAGCUUGUAAUCGCACUGAAAAAUCGAAUCGAGGGUCUGUGAAUAGGCAGUCGCACCGCAGGACAUAAAACACUGUUCAACGAACGACGUUGGGUGGGCAGGUCAGAAACUAA